CGAAAAUUCCUGACCAGUGCGACACAUUCCUUCUAUCCUCUGUCGCGCUUAGUUACCACCUGUGCUACCAAACUUGUAAGACAACACUUCAACGAUGGACGCCUGAGCCCAGGAGGCUAUGCGCCCUAAACCAACAACAACAUUCAAAUAUUUAGCCUGUCUGGGAUGGCACGUUAAGAUUCCAUACCAAUUGAGGAGUUGCUUGUGACAGUUAAAGCGACGGUCUUUUUCAACCUCAGGAAAAUUUCUGCAUAUUCCGGGAGAAGCGAGGAUGCGGAAAAGUGACUUUGUAUACAUAAGUGGCGUACCAAAUCUCGUCAUAACAUACGGGCAAUGGAUCACGGACUGCACAGCGUCAGAAGUGGUCCUGGUCAUUCCGGGAAAUCCUGGGCUUAUCGAAUACUACGACAAAUUCAUGGCAACCCUGUAUCAAGAGCUGGGCGGAGACAUUCCCGUGUGGGGCAUUAGUCAUGGCGGCCACAGCCUGCCGGACAGUGUGGACACCCUGCCAGACCUGAAUGGGAACCCCUCGCUGUACGACCUGGAGGGGCAGACGGAGCAGAAACUGCAGUUCGUCCGGACGCACGUGCCAGCCGGCUCGCGGCUGCACCUGGUGGGCCACUCGAUCGGCAGCCAGAUCACGCUGGAGGUGCAGCGCCGCCUGCCGGCCGGCCGCAUCACGUCCUCCUUCCACCUGUUCGGCACCGUGCAGCGCAUGCGGCAGUCACCGGCCGGGCGCCGGCUGUGGCUUCUGUCGCAGUACCUGCGCGGCCUGCUGCUGCUGCUCUGCUGCGGCGUGGACCGCCUGGACGUCGAGCUGGUGCGCGCGGCCGCCGCCACGGCCCGCUUCCUGUUCUCGCCGACGGACCCGUGGGUGCCGCCGGAGAACGUGGCGCGGAUGCGCCGCGCCGUGCCCGAGCUGGACGUGGUCACGUGUCCCCACGACUUCCCGCACGCCUUUUGUCGAGUCGGCAACCUUCGGCAGCACACCUCCGACGUUCGCGGGCAGCAGCAGCGCCGGCUACCCCACCCUCCGUCGCCGGCACGUGUAAAGCCGUCGGAAGAUCAGCGUGGCCUCGACGCCGUUCACGCGCCGACUGAAGCCGCCAAGGUACUCAGCUGCCAUGACCCCGAGGUCUGUGCCAGAGGCCGCCUGCAGCGGCGGACAGAAUCUCGCAGCGUGUAA